AUGCUCUACCAUUCUGGACACCAGCCUUGUCUCUUGAGGACGUCACCACCAACCUCCUCGUCUCUCAAGGAUGCUACCACCAGCCUUGUCUCUUGUGUCAACUUCACUACUGAAGGUGUGGAUGAGUUUAUGUCGUCUACAAUGAAUAUCGACAGUCAAGACUUAAUCAGUAAGAUGGAAGGAUUUGCUGUUCAAGGCAUGAAAGGUGCGGCAAAAAAUCAUCAAAAGCAGUGUUCUGCAGUUCGCUCAGCAAUCCGCCAUGAGAUUGGCAAGAGACUUGUUGAAAUCACUAAGGACGAAGAUGCGAAGAUGCACUGGACCAACUACUUUCGAAAUGUCAUCCAAUGCUACCAAGUGAUCAUCGAAGGGAAAGAAGCGGGCACGGUCUCCAGACACAUAUGGAGAGUCAAACCAUCGCAGAAGACCUACAAGAGUGUUGAGACUGUCGAUACAGAUGAUCAAGAUGAAGAGCCCACUGAAGAGACUUCAGCUAACAACAUCGACACUGAUGAUGCCAGCGCCAACACGAACAUCAACACUGACGACACCGGUGCCGAUACUGACACCAACAUCAACGGCAAUACUGAUGCCAACCUUGGUGCCUUGAACAACGUGAAUAACGCCACUAACCGCACUACUCUUGCUGCCAAUGAGUUGAUGGAUCCUGAUAUUAUGUUGGCAAAUUUAGAUCUAAAAAUUCACGGUACACAAAGACAAGUCCUCAAACUCCAUCAAAGGUACUGGUUCCAGGGACUAGACAGAGACGAGGUUGGUGGUACAUUCUUGAGGUAUGAAGGUGGGCGUCCUCGAGACGAGGUGGUGGUAGCGUCCUCGAGAGAACAAGGCUGGUGGUGGCAUCCUCGAGAGACGAGGCUGGUGGUAGCGUCCUUGAGAGACGAGGCUGGUGGUGGCAUCCUCAAGAGAUGGGGUGGUGUGGUGGUAGCUAAAAGUGUAGAAGGCGUCGUCGAUGCCUAUGGUGGGGUGGUAGAUAGCGAUGGCGGUGGAGAAGGGCAAGGGGCGUGGGAGCAGUACCUUGCCGAUUUCGGAAGGUGGGCGGACAGUGCCGAGCUGCUUACCGGCAGUGUACACAAAAUAGCAGGAGUCCUGGAGUAUUUGGGACAGUAUAUAACGCUGGUGUUGAGUAUUAGUACAACGAAGCCUAACAAUAAACUCUGGUCUGAUCCACCUGUCGUCCUACAUCUAGGCAACUUCUACCCAAUCAACAUGUCUACUACUACCAUUUCACACAUCCCUCGGUACCAGCUGCGUCAGACACGUGCACGCAAAGCUACUGCCGAGAAGACCAACACCUUCUCUACCAAAGAGGCCGGCCCUCUUAGGACGAACAUCUCGGCUCUGGGAGACGACCAGCCUCAUGCUACGUCUCCUGCGUAUUCCGCCGGAAAGUCCGCUCGCUCCUAUAGUGAUGUACUCAUGGCGC